GCAGCGAACUUUAGUCCGAUAGGUUUUGCCAAACUGGUCACGCUACGAGCAAUAGCAAAUCGAAGAAGACGAAGAAAUUUCAUUAAUUUUCACUUGUGAAUAAAACGUAGAAAAAAGUGCCUAAAACUGAACUAUUAAGUCAAGUGAACACGGGGCCAACGCAAAGUGAAGUGAAAAUACGACGGCGAACGUGUUUAAACGCAGUUAAAACCCCCGAAAACGGGCGAGAGCUGAAAAUUGUUAAGGUUGCCGCUGGUGACCAUAUGUCCAGGUUGCGACAAGCCGCCAAAGCCGUGCAAUUUAAGCACGAGUCCACGGAGGAGGAGGACGACGACGACGACCAGCCGCAGCAGCGAGCAAAUACACGCAGGAGCAUGCAUUCAUUCGGGGACAACGGCGCCAUAGGCAGCGGAGUGCCGGCCUUCUUGGCCAAGCUCUGGCGCCUGGUGGACGAUCCGGAGACAAAUCAGUUGAUCUGCUGGACCAAGGAUGGUCACAGCUUUGUCAUCCAAAAUCAGGCGCAAUUUGCGAGGGAACUGCUGCCACUUAACUACAAACACAACAACAUGGCCAGCUUCAUCAGGCAGCUGAAUAUGUAUGGUUUCCACAAAAUCACAUCCAUCGACAACGGUGGCCUGCGCUUUGAUAGGGAUGAAAUCGAGUUCUCGCAUCCUUUUUUCAAGCGUAACUCGCCCUAUUUACUGGACCAAAUCAAACGGAAGAUAUCAAACAACAAGAACGGGGACGACAAGAGUGUUUUGAAGACGGAGGCCGUGUCUAAGAUCCUCAGUGAUGUCAAGGUGAUGCGGGGUCGCCAGGAUAACCUGGACUCGCGCUUCUCCGCCAUGAAACAGGAGAAUGAGGUGUUGUGGCGCGAAAUAGCCAGUCUGCGCCAGAAGCACGCCAAGCAACAGCAGAUAGUCAACAAGCUUAUCCAGUUCCUAAUCUCGAUUGUGCAACCGUCGCGCAACAUGUCCGGUGUCAAGCGCCACAUGCAGCUGAUGAUCAACGAUGCGCCUGAAAACGAUCGCGCACGGACUACUAGCGAGACGGAAAGCGAGGGCGGUGGCGGCCCGGUCAUCCAUGAGCUCAGCGAGGAGCUACUAGACGAGGUGAUGAAUCCCUCACCCGCUGGCUACGCCGGAGCCGCGGUGUACGACCAGGAAAGCGUCUCGCCGCUGGCCGUCGAGCGUCCCCGAUCAAACAUAAGCGUCAGCUCACACAACGUUGACUAUUCGAAUCAGAGCGUCGAGGACCUGCUGCUUACGGGCAACGGAGCCUCCGUCGGUAAUCUCUUGACAGCGGGAGCUGCCUCUCCGCUGGCCUCCAGCCUGAGCGGCUCGCCGGCUCAGCAAAUUGUGUACACAGUGACCGAGGCGCCCGACUCCCAUGUCCAAGAGCUGCCCAACAGUCCCCCCUACAACGAAGACCAUAACGUUCUCACCACGCCCAUGGUGCGGGAAGAGGAGCGAAAGCGUCUGGAGCUUAAGGAGAGAAACAAGCAACGCCGACAAGCCGGAGACCAGCAGAUGGUUGAUUCCGGCUCCAUUCUGGUGGAGGAAGUCGCGCCCAAGGCACAACGUACACGCAACCAGCUGAAGCCGGAAGCUCAGUCGCCAAAAGCGAUGCCCCAGCCCGUGCUUAUCAAGGCGGAGCCAGAGAACAAUGCCGGACUGCUUGACCUAAUCAAUCCAACGAAUUCUGAUCUGUAUGAUGUGAACUUUAUUAGCGAGGACAUGCCGACAGACUUGUUUGAAAAUCCAUCUCUCUUGCCAACUGGUAUCGAGGAGGCUGCAAAGCUUGAUCAGCAGCAGAAAUUCGGGCAAUCGACCGUGAACAAUGGCAAGUUUGCCAAUAACUUUGGAGUGCCUGCCACCACCACCAGCAGCAGCAGCACUCUACUGGACGCAAACCAGGCCUCCACAUCAAAGGCAGCGGCUGCUGCCAAGGCCACCGAAGAAGAGGCGGCCAUGGCUGUGGCCAAGUACACGGGAGGCGAGAAUAGCGCUGCCCGGGAUCCCAACAACGGCCACCAACUCCUCAGGAUGGCUUCAGUGUUAGUAGAGAAUAGGAACGAUGCGUCCAGAGUGGUCAGCAAUAAUCAAGAGGCUUUUAAUUCUUCCUGUUGCAGUGACGAUGUGCAUGGCCACUUGGACAAUAUGCAAGAUGAGCUUGAAUCACUAAAGGAUCUGCUGCGCGGCGACGGUGUGGCCAUUGACCAGAAUAUGCUCAUGGGUGCGCCUGGCAGGACGCCCAUUUUUCAGCUGACCGAGGACGAGCUCUUACUGAAGCUCUUUAACGACUCUGAUCUGCUGGAUAACUAUGGCCUAUCCUUUCCCAAUGACAGCAUGAGCAGUACCGAGAAGAAAGCUCCCAGUGGUAAUGAGCUGAUCUCCUAUCAGCCAAACAUGUUUGAUUUGUCCGAUAUUCUGGACUCUGAUGAUGGCAACAAGGAUGCGGAGGCCAACAGACGUCAGCUACAGUCGCAGAGCUCUAUUUUGAAUACGCCGCGACACGAGCUAUAACUCGUAGUUAGCAAAUAGUUGGCUCAGAUCCUUCUUCAUGUUGAUUUUCUUCACUCUAAAAUCUUAAUCCUUUUAGUUGAUUCUGUUUUUUAAUCAUAUUAAUAUUAAUAUUUGUAAUAAUAUUAAUGAUGCUGUGUAUAUGCCUUAUGCACUAUAUAUAUGAUAUAUAGACUAACCUAACCAGUUCUUGUUUUAGAAAGACUCGAAGAAUCAGUUAAUAUUUAGAUGUACUUUAUAUAUAUAUUCGGGGAUUUUGCGAGCCUCGGCUCAGGUAGAUCUGUGUGUUUUUUCUUUAGUUUGCACUAACCGGUCAUUAGCUGAUCGAUCAUAGACUUUGUAAGAGAUAUCGCACCCCAUAGAACGUACGUUUUACACAUUACUUUUUAUUAAUCGAUAAUAAAGUGUUUUAAGCUGCUACGUUGGAGCUGCGAAUGAAA